GUAGUAACAAUAACAAUGUCUUCCGGUCCCGGCCGUCUUGCCUCAGUGUACAGCGAAGUCCAGACAAGCCGUCUCAACCAUACUCUCCCGCUCCCUUCUGUCAUCAAGAACUCUUUUAAGAUCGUGGAAGGCCCUCCUAGCUCCGCUGCUGGAAACCCAGAUGAGAUCGCCAAGUUGUUCCCAAAUCUCUUCGGGCAGCCUUCUUCAAUGUUGGUGCCUAGUGAUUCAUCGGAUUGGCAAUCGAAUCAAACUUUGAAAAUUGGUGUUGUUCUUUCUGGGGGCCAGGCUCCUGGAGGUCACAAUGUCAUCUCUGGAAUCUACGAUUAUUUGCAGGAUCGCGUCAAAGGAAGCACAUUGUAUGGGUUCAGGGGUGGUCCUGCUGGGAUCAUGAAGUGCAAAUAUGUUGAACUGACGUCGGAGUUCAUCUAUCCUUACAGAAAUCAGGGUGGUUUUGAUAUGAUCUGUAGUGGAAGGGACAAGAUUGAAACUCCUGAGCAGUUUAAGCAAGCUGAAGAAACAGUAUUGAAACUUGAUCUGGAUGGGCUUGUUGUUAUUGGUGGGGAUGACUCAAAUACAAAUGCUUGCCUUCUUGCUGAAAACUUUAGGUCUAAAAAUAUGAAGACUCGGGUGCUCGGAUGUCCAAAGACCAUUGAUGGUGAUUUGAAAUGCAAGGAGGUCCCAGCUAGUUUUGGAUUUGAUACUGCAUGCAAGAUAUAUGCAGAAAUGAUAGGAAAUGUGAUGAUCGAUGCCCGUUCAACAGGAAAAUACUACCACUUUGUGAGACUUAUGGGCCGUGCAGCUUCUCACAUUACAUUGGAGUGUGCUCUGCAGACACACCCUAAUGUUACUAUCAUUGGAGAAGAGGUUGCUGCCAAAAAACAGACACUAAAAAAUGUUACAGACUACAUUACAGAAGUGAUCUGCAAACGUGCAAAACUUGGCUAUAACUAUGGCGUUAUACUUAUUCCAGAAGGCUUAAUUGAUUUCAUUCCUGAGGUACAACAACUUAUUGCAGAGCUGAAUGAAAUCCUAGCUCAUGAUGUUGUUGAUGAAGAUGGUCAAUGGAAAAAGAAACUUAAGGAUCAAUCUCACGAGCUCUUUGAAUUUUUACCAGAAGCAAUUCAGGACCAGUUGAUGUUGGAAAGAGAUCCACAUGGAAAUGUUCAGGUUGCAAAAAUAGAGACAGAAAAAAUGCUUAUUCAAAUGGUUGAAACCGAGUUGGAGAAAAUGAAGCAAGAGGGAGUAUACAAGGGCCAGUUCAAGGGGCAGUCUCACUUUUUUGGUUAUGAGGGCAGAUGUGGUUUGCCAACGAACUUUGAUUCUAUCUACUGCUAUGCACUGGGUUAUGGUGCUGGAGCCCUCCUUCAAUCUGGAAAGACAGGACUCAUCUCCUCGGUGGGGAAUUUGAGUGCUCCUGUUGAAGAAUGGACUGUUGGAGGGACUGCAUUGACAGCAUUAAUGGAUGUAGAGAGGAGACAUGGCAAGUUCAAGCCUGUGAUCAAGAAGGCUAUGGUGGAGCUUGAAGGAGCACCCUUCAGAAAGUUUGCAUCCAUGCGGGAUGAGUGGGCCAUCAAGAAUCGGUAUAUCAGUCCAGGCCCCAUCCAGUUUAUUGGCCCUGCAUCUAAUGACAUCAAUCACACUCUGCUGUUGGAGCUCGGAGCCCAAGCAUAGGAAUGUAACAUAAAUAAGUUUCCAUAUUGCAAGGCUAUGCAAAAUUGCUCCUCAAGAGUUUGAGGGUUGGGGUGAAUUAGUUGUAUUUCGACUCGCGACCUGUCUUUUUUCCUUUUAGUUCAGACUUUGUCAAGUAGAUUAAAUUUUGUUAAGAAGAUUAUCUGUGAAAGUAGGAUACUCUGCUUCUCUUUGCUGAAGUAAUUUAGAGGCACUGGCUGUUGGUUUUCCCCUUGUAUUUAAGGAGUGAAGAUCACCAUUCUUCGUCGGAAUCUUGUGCUUCUUUACCUUGUUAA